AUGUUUUCCAUAAGUUUAUUAAGGAGCCUUUCCACAUCCAUCAAGCAUAGGUUGAAUGCUCGCCUUCCAGUUUCCUUUAACGAAACAGACAUCAGCGAAAAGUUUAUUCGAGGAUGGGGGAAAGGCGGGCAGGCCGUCAACAAAUCUAGCAAUGCUGUCUAUUUGAAGCACCAUCCCACCAAUACCGAGAUCAAGUGUCAUAUGCAUAGAUCUCUUGAACUGAAUAGAAAAGAGGCCCGGAAAAUCCUGAUCAGGCGGCUUGACAAUGCCAUUAACGGGGAAAAUUCGUUGGAAUCAAUAGAGGGCGUUAAAAUCAAAGAAAGGAAAAGGCAAGCGGCAAAGAAACGUCGUCAGAAGGUAAAGUCCCGGUUUGAAGCAGAGGAUCUUGCAACUGGACAUCGGGAAGGCGCAGCAAUCACCACCGAUUUUGAUGAUAAUAAAGGCUCGUAA